AUGGCACUUGGUGAGACAACCUCGGUGAGGAGCAGGAAGGAAGGACCAAGCCAAUGCGCGCCUUCUCCUAACACCAACACCAACACCAACACCAACACCAACACCAACGCAAUCAGCUCAUCACCACAUCGCGACCCCCGCAAUCCGCUCAUCCUUUUCUCUUCUCUUUGCCUCUUUACCCCCUCCACUUAA